AUGGAUGCAGAGCGGCCAGACCGCCUCUGCAUUGCCUGCGAGCAGCCCCACGAGGCUGUGCUCGACAGUGGCCAGCAUUCUCCGGCCGCCGUCGCCGCUGCUGGCACCUCAGAGCGCCCGCCGCACUACCACGAGGCCUUCGUCACAGCCAUGAGCCUGGCCCUGUGCUUCUCCAUCUUGAGCGCCUGGAUUUUCGACGCAGUUUCGGAGACGCUGCUGGAUGGAAAUUGCUUGCGACUGACGCACAUCGCCGUCAUGCCUGUGGCGGCGGCUUUCAUGGUGUUCUCCUGCCACACCAUCUUCAGCAGCAUUGCCUGUGGCGUCGGACCCGUUGAUCACAUGAAGGUGAUGGUCCGCAAAUUGUAUCGCAGGUUCUUCGGAGGCAAGUGCAACAUCUACGUGAAUGAUGAUGGGCUCAUGACGCUCUGCGAGGAAAAGCGCAGAGAAAGAAUUGAGUAUUACAUGUCUGAGGGCAUUGCCUACUGCAGCCGACCACCCAGUUGCAACAAAGGAGGUUAUGUGCGUCGCGGGAGGUUCAAGAAAGCCAGCAACUUGAAUUUCGCCCUCAACAUCAGCCUGCAGGUUGAGGCCAUGAUGAAUCGCCACACCCUGGGUUACGCAGAGGCGUUGCAAAUGCUUGUGGAAGAGGGAGGGGGCAGCUUCCUGGCAGCGGGGGAUGUUCGAAUUGGGGACUUUAUUCUGUUGGUGGACAGCGACACUCGCGUGCCCUCCAACUGUAUUGCGCCCACUGUGACUGAGCUUGCCCAGGCCCGGCGCGUGGCGUACACACAGCAUUUGACGACCCCACUGCGGGUGGGGAAGAACUACUGGGAGGACGCGAUUUCUCAUUUCACGUCCACUAUAUAUAAUGUAGCUAUUCGGAUCGCCACCAGCGGAGGGGACAUGGCGCCGCUGGUCGGCCACAACGUCUUCUUGAGUUGGAGCGCCAUGAAGGAGUGCGCUUACAUUGAUGAGGCGGACUUCCAGCAGAAAUUUUGGUCAGAGAACCACGUGUCGGAAGACUUCGACAUGGCCCUUCGAUUCCAGGUGAAAGGGUUCCACGGCCGAUACGUCACGUACACCGGUCCCGGCUUCCAAGAGGGCGUCUCUCUCACAGUGCACGACGAGAUUGUGCGAUUCAAAAAAUACUCUUUUGGUGCGUCGGAGCUGCUCUUCAACCCUUUCUCCCAGUGGCGCAAGGGCCCUUUCUCAAGCCAGUACUUGCGCUACCUGGCCUCAGACACCCCCUGGUGGUCCAAAGUCACCGUAUCUGCCUAUUUGAGCAGCUACCUCGCGAUAUCCGCAUCCUGGUGGCUGUCCCUCGUGCAUUACUUCAUGUACGCUUGGUCGGACUACUGGAGGGAGGAGGUCGUUACCAGUCUGGACAUAUCUGUCACCGUCCUCGUCAUAUUCAGCGGUGUCGCCCUUUUCGGUGUAGCGCUGGUCAGGUAUCGCCUCGGUACAACGUCACUGGUGGCCGCCGUCUGGGAGGAGCUUCGCCACGUGCCCAUCAUGGUGCUCUUCUUCAACGGCAUUUCGAUGCACCUUUUCUCGUCAAUCUUGUCCCACCUGCUGGACAUCGACGUUGAGUUCGGCGCCACGCAGAAAGAAAUAAAACAGACGAAUUUCUUCCAAGAGAUGGGCCACACGCUGUACACAUACAAAUGGCAGUACGCGCUCAACGGCCUGUUUCUGUGCAUCGUGAUUGGCCUCUACAUAGCGCCCAGCCCUUGGGCCAUCAGGGCGCCUCACUCCAUAAUACCGAUAGGCACCAGCAUCUUCGGGCACAUGAUGGCCCCGAUCCUCCUAAACCCUGUCCUCAUGAGGCUGAAGUUCUAG